AUGACCAACAACAGCCACAAUGUCACCAAGGUGGACGUAGAAGAGACCGAGGCGCAUUCCGACCACCCCCUGAAGCCCAUCCGCACGUUCCACUUCGCGUACAAGUCCAAGAACUUGCUCUUCGCCUCCCCGCCCGCAAUUCACCCCAGACGGCCCAUCGUUGUCUGGCCCAUCGGUGGCAGCAAGCUUGUCUUUGCUCAUUUCUCCCCGACCGAGAAGACCUUCUUCAGGCGCAACCUAGGCGCCAGCAAUAAGGUCUGCCAUCUCAGCAUCCAAGUACGCUUUUCCCCUGAGGGUCGACAUCUACACAUCGCCUGCCUGGACGGCACCCGACUUCGCGUCUUUGACCAAAACCGCAAGCCCGCAGGCGAGCGGAUCAGGGACCUGCUUCUUCGCGUGUCAACCUAUCGGCUGUCGCAGCGGAAACCCGCCCGCAGCCCACCGCGGCUAAUCUACCAGACAUGGUGGAGGAGUCGGAUCGCGCGUCUCUGGUGUCUAGAGGAGGUGGUACUACUGGAACAGAAUCCCCAGCAAAGACAAUCCCCAAGUGGAGCCGCGUUUACCAACAAGGGGCAAGUGUUCCUCCCACAAUCUGCAGAUGAUCGGCGUAUUCAUUUCAUUCCAUUCCGCUCAUCGGCCUCAGAGCAGCCCAGCGGGAAGCCCAGACAGGUCAAGCCUUCCAACACGCCGGAGAGUAAGAAACCAGCCAGAAAGUCCGAGAAGAUUGUCUCCAGGGGCGAAAGCAAAGCAGACAGCAGUAGAAAGACUGCAGGCAGCAAGUCCACCACCAAGGCAACCAAGGGCAAACCUUCAGAUAAGUCCAGCAGCGGCAUGAAGGCGGACGAUGACGACUUCUCAGAACCGCCAGGUGCUGUAGUGGCUACGCUCGUGCUCUCGUCCGAGGACGCAACAAACCAAAAGAGUGACGGCAUCAGCCUCCCAGCCCGCAGCGAGCCGCCAAGCAUGUCUGGGUACUCGGAUCGCGCCCAGGUAGUAUACUUGCGGGAGCUGCAGUUCGGUGGCUGGGUGCCCCUGUCAUCAGUCGUCCGGGACAGCAAAGUCUUGCGCGCCAUGUCGGGGGAAGCUGGAAAGGACGGGACGAGAAGCACGUGGAUGGCGCAUCUAAAGGAUAAGGUGGAGAGGUUUGAUGCAGACAAUGAUUGCGAUAUUGUAAACUUUAUUAAGUAA